GCUCAGGUUAGCAUCUGUAAGGAGAGAGUGAGACGGCAGAAGCUGUUGUCAAAGAGCGGAUUUCAUUUUGCGGAACAAGGAGUGUACAUUCUGUAAUCCAGGAUGUGCGAUGAAGAAACUGCAGCGUUAGUCAUUGAUAACGGAUCAGGCAUGUGCAAAGCUGGCUUUGCAGGGGACGAUGCGCCAAGAGCCGUCUUCCCAUCCAUCGUUGGUCGACCCAGACAUCAGGGGGUUAUGGUUGGCAUGGGACAGAAGGACAACUACGUUGGAGAGGAAGCCCAGAACAAGAGAGGCAUCCUGACCCUCAAAUAUCCCAUCGAGCAUGGCGUCGUUACGAACUGGGAUGAUAUGGAGAGGGUCUGGCACCACACCUUCUACAAUGAGCUACGUGUAGCGCCAGAGGAGCACCCCAUACUACUAACGGAGGCCCCACUGAAUCCGAAAGGAAACAGGGAAAAGAUGGUUCAGAUUAUGUUCGAGACCUUUAGUUCCCCAGCUUGCUAUGUAGCUAUCCAGGCUGUCCUAUCUCUCUAUUCAUCUGGCCGCACCACCGGUAUCGUUCUAGAUUCCGGUGAUGGUGUCUCACACACCGUACCCAUCUACGAGGGCUAUGCCCUGCCCCAUGCUAUCUGUAGGCUGGACCUGGCGGGCCGGGACAUGACAGACUACAUGACGAAAAUCAUGACAGAGAGAGGUUACUCCUUCACCACAACAGCGGAGCGUGAGAUCGUCCGUGACAUUAAGGAGAAGCUUUGCUAUGUGGCGCUAGAUUAUGAACAGGAGAUGAAAAUCAGCAUUGGAAGUUCAAGCAUCGAGAAGAGCUACGAGCUACCAGAUGGACAGAUAAUCACAAUAGGAAAUGAACGAUUCCGUUGUCCAGAGCUCAUGUUCCAGCCAGCGUUCAUCGGCAUCGAGUCGGGCGGUCUCCAGGAGACCACCUACCAGAGCAUCAUGCGCUGCGACGUGGACAUCCGCCGGGACCUCUACGCCAACACGGUGCUGUCAGGCGGCUCAACCAUGUUCCCUGGCCUGGGUGAUCGCAUGCAGCGGGAGCUCACCACGCUGGCCCCGAACACCAUGAAGGUCAAGGUGGUGGCGCCCCCGGAGAGGAAGUACUCGGUGUGGAUCGGGGGCUCCAUCCUGUCCUCGCUCUCCACCUUCCAGCAGAUGUGGAUCAGCAAGCAGGAGUAUGAUGAGAUGGGCCCUGGUAUUGUACACAGGAAGUGUUUCUAGUCUCUAGCUCUUUUUUCCCUUUGUGCUUGGUAAAAACACAUUUUUACUCUCCAGAAUUUUUCCUAAAACUCUAGAACACCUAAAAUGUCCCAAGCUAAAUUGUUAGAUAUCUGAUUUUCCACAUACAUGUAUGGAAAACCAAUGGUUACCGAGUUUCCUCCAGGAAAAGCCGCAUGACUUGACAGCAUUUUAUCCUCAAAUUUCUGUUUUGCCUCCAUGCUUGCUGUUUUCUCCUGCAGAAUUCUCCAAAAAUUGGAAAAAUUUUAUUGUGUAUUCUUAGACAGCAGAGUCCCAAGAUUUUGGCAUCUUCCAAACAUCAGUUUUAGACAAUGCAAAGACAAUGUACUGCCACUGAAAUGAGACCCUCUCUAUAAUUUGUGACCCUUAACUAAAAUAGUUGCAGACUGUGAAAAACAAAAGUAGCCAUAUGGAAGAAGACCUCACAAUCUUACGAUCAUUUGGAAAUGUCAUGUCAAGCUAAUUUCUUGUAUUGACAAAGGCAAUAACAUCCCAUCAAUAUUCUCUUCUUCCCAAUCCAACCCUGACAAAACCCUUGAUUUGCUAAACAGUAUAAAACCUUGUUUCUGUAUCUCUGACUUGUCAUGCUGGUGAAAAACCCAAAUUUAAGUUGGUCUGUACCGUUCUUUUUGAGGAUGACUGUUUUACUGCAUCGUGUGUUACACUGCUACAUUGAUGUUCAUUUCUGUGAAACCUUCACAAUAGUUGCUGGUUGUAUUUGGACUGGUUCUGACAGCAAAGACGCUGCAUGUUUGUACUCAUACUGAUGAAAUUUAGCGGUGCUGUGCAUAAUUUAUACCACUUGCAGUGAGCCCGAGUGUUGCGUGCAUUGUGUCCAAAGCACCAUCGACUGUUUGGGCCAAGACCAUUGUCAAGGACAAGACCACUGUCAAGAAGGUCAAGACCAUUGCCAAAAAACUUGAAACACCAGAGUUUGGCCCCUGACAGUGUUUUGCGGAGUCUUAGGUCUUUGGAAUAUGUAUAAGGCGUUCUGUAUAUAGUUAUGGCUGGGAAUUUGAAUUGACAGUGAAGGUCAAAAGGCAUACAGUCGUCCUGUUCUGUUUUUUCGUGUGUGGUUUUCAUACCCAGUUAAGAUUGUAGCUCAGUUUUCUAAGAGAACACGUAGACUGUAUUAGUGUAAAUCCAUACUUCAAAUAAAUCGUUGCAUCCUAGAACGUAUCAGAUGGCGUUCGAGUGUAAUGAAUAUCAGUCCAUGUCUGGUUUGCAACCCCCCAGAUAUAGUCUUGUUCAUUUGGUAACACUGAUGACAAUAGCAAGUCUUUCCCACUAUUGACCCCCAGAGAGCUCUUACGAAAUCUAAGUAUGAAUCUAAUCUUUAUAUAUAAGAAACGAACACCUGUAGUUGGGGGACCCAAGUGGCUCAACAGGUUAGCUUGCUGCCUGGUAGAACCACCCUGGUGGGACGAGAACCCUCCAGAAGCAGGUUCAAUCCCCAGCAGGGUAACAAGCUAGCUAAAGAAGCUAGCGUGAAAAAGAGUU